AUGUCGGUGGUAAAAGCGCAGGGCGGGCCAAGGGCCGCGGUAGCAGGGCGGAGGGGCGCGGCUUCUGGUGCCUGGGGCGCGCUCAGCCGGGCGAGCUUCCUGGAGGGCGGCCCGCAGGUGGCGGCGCAGGCCGGCAGGCGGGCGGGGCAGUGGAAGGGGAGGGCUUGGCGCGCGUCGGGCGGUGACGGCAGCGCGGAGGGGAGGUNGCUGCGCGCGGGAGGGAGCGCGGGGCAGCCCGAGCACCCCGACGACCCCCGCGUCCCGGAACCGCGGACCCCGAGCCCCGCGAGCGCCAAGUCGGCGGCGGACAGCAGGAGGAGGGGUCCCCGAAGCCGAACCCCGCCGCGUGCACCCCGGUGCCGCCCGGCCGGCUGCUGGCGGAGGGAACCGGAGCCGCCGGGCGGCCGGGGCCGGGCCGAGGACAACGAAGAGGAGGCGGCCAGCAGAGCCGAGCGCCCGGGUAGCCCCGCGCGGGAGGCUCCCGGGACCGCGCCUGCUCCGGGGCCGCGCUCCCUGCGUCUCUCGCGGGUAGUGGCUCUGAGGCUUGGGUUUCCUGUGUGUGCGGCGUGGAGGAGCUGCCCAUCACCCCGUCGUGCUGUUCGUGGCCUGAUUCCCUGUAAGGAGCCCCUGCUGGUGUGCCAGACCUACCGGGGGCUGUCCACCCGACUGCCCCAGACUCCGGCAACGGGGCCCUCGAUGGCAGUGGGCACCUCCCCGUGAAACCUGCCAAGCUGGACGCCACAGCUCCGCAC